GAAGUGUCACUUGGGUCUUCAUUUUGAUGUGAUCAUGCUGUCUGCUGUCUAUUGUGUCUGCUUACAGGGAAACCGACAAUCAUCUGAGGUCUCAAAGAUGCCCUGCUCUGCAAUAGAAAAAGAGAAUAUUGUCAACUUGACUGAGGAAAAGCAGUCUUUUUUUAAAUUCAACAUACCCGGGGCGGCUACAUUACCUGAAAGGAACAAGGAAGCCAAAAGCAGUAACCCAAAAUUGGAUGAUUGCACCUCUUCUGAAGCCAUGCAAACAUUCAAGUUUGAUUCACUUUUCAAAAAUUUUGACACAGGCACCACUGGUACCAUUGAUAUGGAAAAGAGUGGCGGCAGUCCUUUCAGUAUCCUCAGUUUAAUAAAAUCAGCAAACAAUACACCAAGCCAGGCCGAUGGAUGUGAUGGAGACGAUGAACCAUCAGAUGGGUCUAUGUUUAUAUUUGGAAAUUUUGAGGUGGAUAGUCCUCCUACAGGUAAGAUACAAGAACCAGAGGGGAUGUUUAGUCUGUUUCGCAAAAGCCAAGAUUCGGAGAAUGCCCAGAGUGGGUUUUCUUUCGAUUUUGAGCCGAUUCAGGACCCUGAGGAAAAGAGUAAUCCUGGUACCUUAAUUAGUUUUGGCGAAGAGAAUGUGGAAAAGAGCACAGAAAUGUUUAUGAAGUUUGGAUUUGGUACUGAUACUGAUAAAGGGAAUGAAGAAUCUAUGGAUAAGCCAAUGUUUUCUUUGUUUUGAGAUAUACUGUUGAAUCUAUUUCAGUUCUUGCUUGAUGCAUGGAGCAAAAGUAGUGGAAUUUUAAUUGCAGUGGGGAAUUUCCCGCCAGGCUCCUUAUCACGUCAGGGUCACGGGUGUCAGUUCCCUAUCACCGCUCUGGCAGGGCUGACUUAAUUUUUGGUACUUUUCAGGUGUAUUCUUCUACUUAUGGUAAUAAUCAUUUAAUGCGCUCAAAGCAUGCGUUUUUGCUCUUGAGACUAAAAAAAGAACGGGCAUUGUAACUUGUUUGGUUAUUUCGUUAGAUGUGCUGAAGUCGUCAAUGCUAAUUUGAGAAUUUUUUUGGACCAGUGUUAAUGAAAAAAGUUAAAAUGUGGCUUGACAAAAAUGGUUGAACUCCAAAAUUUCUCCAAAAUGUCAUAUCUGCGCAGAUAGUAGAAAGCUGUAUUUUUGCACUUUUAUCCAUCUGGCAUUAAUGCACUGAGAAGCAGUUCCUUCACACAUAUCGUUAUGCUUCUAAUACAAUCGUGAAUAUCCGCUUAUUUUCAUGAAAGGUUAGUAAAUUUACGCUGUGAUCUUCCUACUCAGAGGUACAAAUCGAUUUUAUUGCCAUAAUGUAUCUACAACGCAAUAUUCGAACAGCACCUAUUGCACUCCAGAUAUGUCUUUAAACGCUAACGUUAUGUAAGUUGACUGAAGAACAGGGAUAGCUUGUAGUAACUGGAUUUUCAGAAUGUUUAAUUUGUCAAUGACACUGAAUCAGCCUCAGACUUUCCCAGCUUUUAUUUACCUUUCGACUACGUGUAAAGACUGGCCACAUUCUGAUUUCUUUACAUUCAUAAGUGUCCUCACAUAUUUCCGACACAAAAACUGAGAGUGAGUAUAUUAGCUGCCAUUGUUUAUACUUACUUACUGCUCGUUACGCCAUCUGGCGUUUAGGGCAGCAACAAAGGAUCUUCAACUCUCUCUGUUUUGGGCCAUGUUGGUCAACGUCCCCCACGAGUCAUUUCAGACUCUACUGUGCGUCUCCAGGUCACUGUGGGUCUUUCCCUCUUGCGAUGACCUUCGGGUGUCCAGUGGAGGGCAAUCUUUACAAUAGAGUCAGGUUCUCUUCACAGAACAUGUCCAAUCCAUCUCCAUCUUCUCCUUGUUAUUAUAGUGGUCAUUUCCUCUUGCCUACAUUUCCGUUAAAGAUCUGCGUUGAAAACCUUAUCGGGCCAGAAGAUUUGGAGGAUUUGGCGUAAGUUGAAUGAGAAGAAGAUAGCUUGGCACGAUCAUGAUCAGUCAUCCUCCAGCAUUCAGGUCCAUAUAUAUAUAGGAGUAUGGAUAGUACACAGUUGUUAUAAAGCUUUAACUUGGUUUGUAUACUGAAAUGUCCUGACUUCCAGAUGUAGAUCAUGCUACUGUGUACUGAUCUUGCCUUGCCGCGUCUGUUCAUGAUGUCUUCCUUUGUGCCGCCGUCAGUUUUAUGCUGCUUAGGUAGGUAAAUUUGUCUGUUAAAGGCAGGUCUGCGUUGUUCACCUUAAUCAGCGUUUGGGAGCCUACAUUCAGUUUCAUCACUUCUGUCUUGUUUUGACUUAUUCGUAACCCAACCUGGCGUCCGUAUUUGUGGAAUCGGUUUGUUUUUACCUGCAUGUACUGGUUGCUAUGGGAGAGUAGUGCAAGGUCAUCAGCAAAAUCAAGAUCCUCGAGAGUGGAGAAGAGGGUCCACCUUAUGCCUCUUGAUGUAUCCUCUGUUGUUUUCCUCAUUACCCAGUCAAUGGCAAAGCUGAACAGAAUUGCUGACAUGUUCCAUCCUUUUCUAACUUCUGUCUUUACCUCAAAAGCAGUAGUACGACGCACUUCAAGUUUUGGUGGAAGCUCUUGAUGACCUCGACUAUCUUGCAAGGGAUUCCAUGAGAUCGUAGAAUGCACCAAAGACUUUCCCUAUGGACACUGUUGAACGCCUUUUCAAAAUCAACGAAGUUGACAUAAAGUUGUCUCUGCCAUUCCUUGCUGUUCGAUUAUGUUGCGGGGGGCAAAUAUCUGAUCUGUGCAUUUUCUUUCUUUGCCUGUUCUUUUCUUUAGCAGCUGUCCGCGGCAACCGACUUCCGAUUUAUAAUAAUCUUGGCAAGGAUCUUGCUGGGCUGUUAUAGCAACGUGAUAUCUCUCCAGUUGUUGCAGUCGCCAAGAGCUCCUUUCUUUGGUACCUUAACAAUGACUCCAGUGCUCAGCUUUUACAAUCUCGUGUCUCUGUGAUGGGUCAGAGCUGAUGUCCAGAUCCAAGAUAGCUUCCUGUAUUCUGGGGUGUUCUCAGGUGGAGGUUGGUUUAGGACUUCCCCGAAGUUUUCUGUCCAGCGUGCUUCCUGUUCCUUCUCGAUUGCCAGCUGCUUGCCAGUCUUGUCCUUGAUUGGUGUAUCAUUCCAAAGUGGUACUUGCCACAUACUAUUCUUGUGAUCUUGCAUAUGUUGCCUUGUUCACCUUUAGCAGCGGCCUCCUCUGCCUCAGUUGCCAACUUUUCCUUGGAUUCUCUUUCGUCCUUCUUGAACAGUAUUUGAACUUUCUGGCAAGCUUCCUUGUAAUCCUCUUCAUACUUCUCCCGCUCCUGUGGCCGAUACCUGCAAGCUGCCUUUUUUUUUUAUUUCUCUCUGUUCUUCAAUAGUAUUCCAUGUUCCUUGCUGUAUCCAUUCUUUGUUUGCUUUCUUUUUCUUGACACCAAGACAUGUCUUACUGCUCUCUGUGUAGGCCUCAACAAUAUGCUGCCAUUGGGAAUUGACUUCACUUGCAUUGGGAGUGGUUUCUUUCAGGUCUUGGAGAGCUUGAAAUCGGUUAUUUAGUUCUAGUCGGAAGGCAGAUCUCUCAUUGCCAUCAAUGAACUUUUGAACAUUAAAUCGCGUCCUUGUCACCUCCCUGGUGAAUGUUUUCUUCAGCUUGAUUUUUGUCCUUGCCAUCACUAGAUGGUGAUGGCUGCCGACAUCUGAUCCUCUUCUAACUUCCAAGUCCUGUAGGGAACGUCUCCACAUUCCUUAUAUCGUAAGAUGGUCAGUCUGGUUCUUGUCCCGGCCAUUUAAAGAAUUCCAGGUCAGUUUCUGGAUUGUACGGUGUUGGAAGAGGGUUCUGCCUAUUACCAAGUUGUUCAAUGCGCAGUAGUCCACGAGUCUUCCACCGUCCUCAUUUUUUGUACCUGUACCAUGUUGUCCCAUCGCUAUCUCAUAGUUGAUUUUGGCCUCUCCUACUUUAGCAUUCAGAUCGCCCUUUACACCGAUAAGGUCGUGACGAGGUAUACCUGUCAAUUCCCUCUGUAGCUCUUCAUAAAAACAGUCUUUGCUUUCAUCUCCACUGUUUAUAUUACAUACAAUUGUGGUUUUUUUACUCAUUUAUUUACAGAGCUUUGUGUUUUAAAAAUAUUGUACCUGUAUAUCUUUCUUAGUUGUGUGCAGGCUGCUACAGACUCGGCAUAAUUCAUGAACAAACGCAGAGGACCUUUCUCUUGUGUAUUUGACGAAAAAAAAGAGCAAACAUUGAGCAUAUUUUGUCAAAAAUUGCAGAUGCGCAUCUGUUUUCUCUAUUACUUGACUUAACUACCUGCGCAAAUUUACGAUUUCUCAUAGCAAAAGACAUGAUAUUCGUAGUCAGUUUAAUAGAUUUUAGAGAGAAAGAUCUGUCAAGCCAUUUUUAAAUAAACAGUCAUUAAUAUAUUCAUAUACAGUGGAACUUUGGAUUCACCAAGAACUCGGAUU